UCAUUGAGACUGGUCCAUCUGCCUGCCCAUUGUAAAAACAUUUGGAUGAUUUUGCCCCAUAUAUUUAUCAAUCACAGAGUUGACGUAUAUUCGAACAUACUUCCAAGUUACACUCGUCAACCAUCUAAGAAACGACACAUUUUCCAUCAAGAGAGAAGAGACAUUGUUUCGUGUAGAUUCCUUAACAGUGGUACAAGCCUGGCUGUAGCUAAGCAGUGAAUAUGGCGUCCGGUUGCUUAGCGCUGGUUCAAUCUGAUUAGCCGUGUUGCUGCAUAGACAAACCAUCGGAACAGUUGUUGCUCACUCUAGUUUCAGGAAUACAUUUUUAACUGCAUAUUUCUGUUAACAUGUCGGACUCCGAAGAAGAGAGUCAAGAUCGACAGCUAAAAAUUGUGGUAAUCGGGGACGGAGCGUCUGGAAAGACAUCUCUGGCCACCAGGUUUGCACAGGAGGCCUUUGGGAAACAGUACAAACAAACGAUAGGCCUGGACUUCUUUCUGAAGAGAAUAACCCUGCCAGGCAAUCUCAAUGUCACACUGCAGGUGUGGGACAUCGGCGGACAGACGAUCGGAGGGAAAAUGCUGGAUAAGUACAUCUAUGGCGCUCAGGGUGUGCUGCUGGUGUAUGACAUCACCAACUACCAGAGCUUUGAGAACCUGGAGGACUGGUACGGCAUGGUGAAGAAGGUCAACGAAGAGGCCGAGGUGCAGCCGAUCGUGGCGCUGGUGGGGAAUAAAACUGAUCUGGAGCACAUGCGGACCGUGAAAGUGGACAAGCACCAGCGCUUCUGCCAAGAGAACGGUCUAAUCAGCCACUUUGUGUCUGCAAAAACGGGAGACUCCGUAUUUCUUUGUUUCCAGAGACUGGCAGCAGAACUUUUAGGUGUGAAGCUCAACAAAGCUGAGAUCGAACAGUCUCAGAGAGUGGUGAAGGCAGACAUUGUGAACUACAGUCAGGAGCCCAUGGCCAGGACGGUCAACCCCCAACGCAGUUCCAUGUGCACGAUACAGUGACCCCUACACCUCUGCAACUACCACCUUUGCCUGCCUGUCCUGUCCACCCCCUCACCCGCACGACACACACCCUUCGUAGGCUGGCGGAUGCACAAAUCAAGUGCUGUCCUCUAACCAGCAGGCUGCUCCCACAGACUGGCUCUUAGCCACACUCACCGAUAUCUCUCUCACACACACACACACCCACACAGAUAUACACACUCACAUUCACACUCACACACACGCAUACACACACACACACACAGACAGACAUACACACACACGGAUACAAAGACUUAAUGAUACCUGAGCGGACAACACCCAACUCUCAGCUUGUUGUGUUUUCGGUCAAGCGUACUUUAACACCUACAUUUCACACACACACACACACACACACACACACAGACACACACACACACACACACACAUACUCACACAGACACUUGCAUCCACUGACUCAAAGGCACACCUAAACACACACAAACAUUUCCUUGUGCACAGCCCCACUCUCCCUCGAACGUCACGCCACACGAGUGUGAACAUGUCUUCAGACGGGCACAGAAGACAAUAAAACAGUGUUGUAUGUUUCAGGAGUUUGCCUGGAGCUUUGUGGGGAACAAAUAAUGCUAAUUUCAAGAUUUUAGUCUUUGAUCCGCAAAUUACUCCAAAGCUCCAAAGGGAACAUUUCACUUUGCUGCAUAAUCCAGUCUACACACUAUUUAUCAGUCUCUCUCUCUUUCACACACACACACACACACACACACACACACACACACACACACACCAGUCUACACACUAUUUAUCAGUCUCUCUCUCUUUCACACACUCUCACACACACACACACACACACACCAGUCUACACACUAUUUAUCAGUCCCUCCUAGGUCCUAGGGUGUUUUUGUGAUUGUUGCGGCCAAAAGUAACUGAGUAACAAAUUCAAAAAUUGAGGCUGAAAUUGCGGUGAUUCGUCGUUAAAUAAAAUCAAUUGUAAAUAAUACAGUAAUUCCAAGACUUACAUCGGGGUAAUAAGAGGAAAUUGCAAUCCGCAAUUGCAAUUGUGGGAAAUCCUUUGCGGGAAUUUGCGAAAACUGAAGAUCACAAAAUCCUAGAGGGGACUGAUUUUAUUUAUUUAUUUCUCCCCUUUGAACAGUGACGGCUAGUAAACAGGUCUGUUCACAGGGGCUGCAGCUAGUGGUCACUACAUGUAUGAUACAAGAUAAAACAGCAACCUCACAUUUAGAUAUGCUGUAAAUGCAUCAAACUUUGGCUCCUUUUUUAGCAGAAAUGGAAUACAAAUAUUAUUUAUAUAUUAAAACCAUAGCUUCAUAAAAAUUAAACAUCCAGUUUUUGGUUGAAGCCUAUUGACUAAGUUAAAGUAGGAUUUAUUUUCCCUCCUGAUCAUAAGACGGUCUGUUGUUUAGUGAUCUUUGACGUUUACCUAUAGAAAGCAUCUAUAUAUUUUUUUUCUUGUUGGACAGAUAACCUUCUUCCUGGCUUGUUUCUUAGCCAGUAGGGUUCCGAUGUCCAGUAGAGUUCUGAUGUCCAGUAGAGUUCCGAUGCCCAGGGACCUGGCUCUUCCAGCAGUCUGUCACCUCCACUGGGGCCGACUGCUUGUUCCGUAGGUCCUCCCCCUGCGGCAGGGUUGCCAAGGUGGAGUCUCCUCAGACUCUGCUCAGCCUCGGAGGGCGGGAGGGGAAAAUGGCUGCUGUGAAUGAGUGGACUUCAGUAGACGUUCUGCCUCAGUGAUGGGUGUGCAUAGACAUCCACUCCUUUGUUUCUUACAUGUCUGUUUUUAAUCUGAAGAAGAAUGUGGGUGUGAGUGUUUUUUUUUUUGUAUUUCUGCUCUAUCUUUCAUUUGCCAAUUAUUGCAUUUAAAAAAUAUCAUUUGUUUUAAUGCUGGAUAGUUCUGUGUUGUUGUUUUUCUUCAAAAGAAAGGAGCAAUUGUAUUUCUAUUGUCAACAGGUAUUCUGCUCGGAUAUAUAGUUGUGGUAAAAGGUGUGGCAUCUCACCAAAUGAAUGUUGGUUCUUUUCAAUGAACAGUUACUGUGUGAGAGAGAGUAGCACCUCGCAGGAGCACAUGUAAAGUAAUGGAGGAUGUGAUUUAAAUUAAAGUAUUAAACUAGAACACUCUGAUUGAGAUACUCUAGUCCUGGCUGGAUGUGUGUCCAAAAGACCGUGCUGCACUGAAGAACAUCAGUGACAUGAAAUGCUUUAUGUGUCUCCUGUACCACGGUGACCCAUGCUACAGGAUGGCUUCAGGAAGAAAUCCAUGUUUUUUUUAUGUAUAGUUCACUGAAUGGAGACAAAUCUGACGUUUUACAUUUCAUGGGCAUUUCUUUUUCUUCUGUGACCGAUAUUUAAUCAACUGAAAAAAAAAAUUCUGUUAAAAAUUCUUUUUACUGUGGUCAUCUUAAAACAAUGUUAAUGUUUAAAAAUAUUGUCAUAUUGUCUUUUUAAAGGGGUUGGUGUAUCAACCAGCAUCUUUGGGACCAAAGGGGAUCUCCGUGUACUGCAGUUGUAACACUUUAAACAACAGAUAUAUGCUCCAUAUGGUUGGACAGUUUUCAAAUUCACAUUGUUCGCCUUAUAUGUAAUGUACAUAUUUGUAAUGUACAUCUAAAUUAUCCUAUUUUCUAUGGUGCACCCUAUAUACAAAUACAGACAAACAUAUUAUAUUACAAUUUUUUUUUUCAAAGCAUUUAAUUGGGAAAGCUUCUCUUGAUUUUCGAUGCUUUUCUGCUGUUGCAUCUUUUGAAUUUAUCAAUGACACACCAAUCAGCAGUUUAUAUGUUGAAUUAAACAGUCAGAAACAUAGCAUAUUGUACAUUUAGAGAAAGUAUAAAGUUUUGUGAAUGUUCAUUAAAAUGUUACAACAGAAAA